AUGCUGAUAUCUAAAAGUUUUUCAUCAUUAUUUUAUGGAAAAUUCAAUUUGAAACUACAAGGUUCAAAAUUUUCACAUUUUUUAAAGCCUGUCAUCUAUUUUGAUUCAACCAGAUACAUCACAGGCGCUAUGUUCAGAGAUACACAAACAUUUACUGACGCAAAAAUUUCACAGUGUGAGUUUUAUCAAAUACAAAGUCAUGCAAUAUAUUGUAACAAAAACAUAGCAAAUAUUUCGAUAUCAAGAUCUACAUUCUUCUCUUGCUACGCAAUUGAAAAAUACGAUCCUCAUGGAGGAGCAAUAUAUUUUAUCGACUUCCUACUUGAAAUAGAAGCUUCAUCGUUUACAAGUUGUUACUGCCUUGAUACUGGCUCUUGUUUGUUUAUUAAUUCAUCAAAAGCAUUUAUUGAUUCAAUAAGUAUAAGUAAUUGUAGUCUCAAUAGGCCUUGCAAGUCAUGUACAUCAAAGGUUGCUAGUAAAUACGGCAAAAUGAAGUUUGUUAAUAACUCAUUAUCUCUCACACCAAAAAUUUCCGCUUUUUACGUAACUCUUACUGAACUUGGAGGUAUAGAGUAUAUCACAACAGCUAAUUCUAAAAGAGAUUCUAUAAAUGUUUAUUCAUCAGCUGUUCCUCUCCAUUAUGGCAAUAUAAUCAACUGUUCUGCUGAAAGUGGACUGUUCUCGUGUUCAAAUAAGGACACAUUUAUCACAUCUUAUUACUUUUCGAUGAAUGAUGGAUAUCUUUGCACUUUUGAGAAGAAAAACUUAUUAAUCUUUACUGAUUGCAUAUUCCUUGAUUAUGAUAGCCGUCCUAAUGGAGGAAACUUCGCUAUUCGUGGCACAUUCUAUUUAAAGGGAGCAAAUUUCACUCCGAUUUACAAUACCCCUGUUAUUGAAGAGGUUCUUCAAGAAAAACACACAUUAAGGAAACUAGUUGCAUUUUUGGUAUUUCUCAUCUUUAUUAUUUUAUCUGGUUUUAUUUUAUUCAAAUUUUAUAUGAAAAAUAUUCCAGAUUAUGAAGAACCGUCAGAAAAAAUUGAAUCUACUUCAACUUCUCCAGAAGAUACAAGUGAAAAUCAGCGCGUAAUUACUAAAAGACCAACAAAAUCAAAAACUAUGAAUUUUUAA